UAAAACCUUUCAGAGAGGAGAUAUGGAAGAAUAUGGAAUAUACAUUAAAGAAAUACCAAUGCAUAAAACAAAAGUUGGUCAUAAUAAAAAUAAUACGAAGUCAUGCUGGUAUGAAUCGGGGGAUGAAUAUGAUGUUGUUAGACCCCAGAGUAUUGUUCCUAUGGAUCUCAGCCAUUUUAAGUUUGUAAAAGAAGAAUAUAGGUCAGGUACUUUAACAAUAAAACUGAAACGUCACGUAAAAACUGGUAAUUUGAAGAAUACGUACACAUUGUGGGUGUCAAAGGAAAAGCCACACCGACCAAUCAGAUACGAGACUGAGGGCUUUGAUUUACUACUUCGAGGAUAUUAUGACCAUUAUUACUUAGAUUAUAUCACUUUCAAUGAUUGGUAUUUUGAUUAUAUGAUCAUGGAGAUUCCGGAAGGUUCUUGGUGUCAUGAAGCAGCAAAACAAGCAAGGUCCAGAUAUUUUGUUAAUCCUAUGUCAGAGUUUGUUCAUAAACCUCACGAGAUCAGUAAGCAUCAUAAAACCAUUAAUAAAGAGUUCAAGAAGUUUAAACGUAGACAUGGCAAGUCUUAUAAAGAUGCAAUAGAACACUCGCGAAGAAGGAACAUUUUCCGCCAUAAUGCAAGGUUUAUUCGUUCCAAAAACCGAGCACGGUUAAACUAUACAUUAGCUGUGAAUAAUCUAGCAGAUUUAACACCCGAGGAGUUCCGAGCAAUGAAUGAUUUACUAUAUGACGAAGAUAAUAGAGUGCCUGAGUUUAUGAAAGAUCAAUUCCCAAGUCAUGAUGACGUACCUGUCGUAAACUAUACUGAACCGAGUGAACCUUUGCCAGAAAACUUGGACUGGAGAGAGUACGGUGUUAUCUCGCCAACAAGAGGACAGUCAAUGUGUGGAUCAUGUUGGGCAUUCUCCACAGCAGGGAUUCUUGAAGGAGCUUAUAAAAUAGCUACAGGAAAAGACAUCGAAUUUUCAGCUCAAAUGUUGGUAGACUGUACAUAUGGUUUUAAUAAUUAUGGUUGUCGUGGUGGAUGGCCUUGGAAAGCAAUGCAAUGGGUUAUAAGAAAUGGUAUUGCAACCCAUGAAAGUUAUGGACGAUAUUUAGCACAAGAAGGGUUAUGUCACUGUGGGACCGCGGACAAUUGCACAGUUCACCAUCCUACCAGUUUUGGCGACGUAUUGAAGGCAAACCGAACGGCAAUGAAGGUGAAUUUAGCAACGUAUGGUCCCGUAUCAGUUGGAAUAAAUUCAGCCCCAAAAUCAUUCAAGUUUUAUAGAGAUGGAGUAUACGACGAUUUUGACUGUGAUGAUGCUACACAACAUUCUUUAAUACUAGUUGGUUAUGGAAAGCAAGCCUACGGUCCAAAUUACUGGAUAAUUAAGAACUCGUGGGGUCCAUUUUGGGGUCAAAAGGGAUAUAUGCGAAUAUCAAAUGACUUUGAUACAUGUGGCAUUUUGUCGAGUAAUGGUGUAAUAGCAAGUUUUAGAAAUACGUCGCAUGGUUUCCCAUUUGAACGAAUGAAGAAAGUUGUUACACCAUAUCAUGCAAAUAUUGAAGACAAAAUCGCAAAAGACAAAUUCAAACCCGUUUUCAAUUCCAUUCCAUUUCAGUAAGAUAUACUCGUUCCAAUAAUAUUAUAAUUUUAAUAAAUUUAGAGCUCGAUGUAUUGCUAAUUGCUGUA